AUGGAGCAACAGCAGCAGCAACUGCAGAGAAGUGCAUCAGGGAGUCCAAGCCCUAGAUCUCCGUCAUCGCAACCUUAUCUAUCAGUUUCGGUGACUGAUCCUGUCAAAUUAGGGAAUGGCGUUCAGGCUUACAUCUCUUAUCGUGUUAUCACCAAGACAAAUUUACCGGAAUACCAAGGGCACGAGAAGAUUGUGAUUCGGCGUUACAGCGAUUUUGUCUGGUUGCGUGAUCGGCUUUUCGACAAGUACAAAGGUGUAUUUAUUCCUCCUCUUCCAGAAAAGAGUGCUGUAGAGAAGUUCCGGUUUAGUGCUGAAUUUAUUGAGAUGAGGAGACGAGGGCUGGAUAUAUUUGUUAAUAGGAUAGCUUCGCAUCAACAGCUUCAGCAAAGUGAGGAUUUAAGGACCUUUUUGCAGGAAGACGAAGAGGUGAGUGAGAUUGUAUCAUCUGCAAACAACCCCCCUAAGCUGCCCUAUGUCAUUACAAAAUUUGAAGCCUUUCAACUGGAAGUUGAAGCAAGCAAGAAAUCUAUUGAUGAAAGACUUGCAGCAAUAGAGGCAUCAAUCGAAAGGCCUUCGAAAAUUGUUCUAGGUAAGCAACUGGCUAUCACAAUAACUGAUAACUCUUUUCCACAAAAUCAAGGUGCUGUGGCUACUCAUAAUACUCAACCAGCUGCAUUGCCCAUUCAAAGGAGGGAGCAAAUCGAUCCACAAGACACUGCUAGUGAUAUUACAAAGAAAGUAAAGGUUGAUGAUGUUCCUGAUUUCAAAGGAAAGCCAUUUAUUCAACCUGAACAACAAUGUGAAGAACAAUUCCAGCAACCUAAGGGCUAUGAAAUGAAGGUAAAAACAGUACAAAGGGAUGCUGGAAGGUCUGAAGAGAAGUUCAGCAAAUAG